AUGCCAUCAAUGCCUUUGAUGACUGUCACGGAGACGCACAACCUCACCGAGCAGUGCGGCUGGUUAAGCGAGGAGAACCGAACUGAGCCGCGCGUAACGGGGCAGCUGGACGCUGCCAGCUGCCUCUUCCUGUCUAUAAUCCCCAAUGAACAUGCAGUUCCAGUGCUGAUAUGCAUCUUUGUGUCGCUGACUCUCUUCUCAUUUCUGGUUAAUGGUCUUACUCUGUUCGGGCUCGGACGGUCCGAGGACCUCUCCUGGGAGCCGCGUUUUGCUUUCCUGAAGAAUCUGAUUUUGAGCGACCUCAUUCAGACCGCCACCUUAAGUCCGGCGGUCAUCCACUCAUUAGUCCAUCGCCGGACAAUGGCGUUCAACACCUGGUGUUACGUCCAGUACUUUGCCGGGACCGCAAGCAUUUUCUCCAGCCUCGUCACCAUCACUUGCAUGGCGCUGGAGCGCUACCUGUACGUGUGCCACGCCAUCCACUACUUGGUCAUCCUCACUCAGGUGCGCCUGUGGCUAACCCUGAGCCUUAUUUGGGUCUACUCCAUCUCCGUCAGCAUCGUCAACAUGGUGUUGCUGCACAUGGGCAGGGAGCAAAAGAAUGACCCGAUCACCAGGGGGCUACUGUGCGAGCCGGACAUGAUGGAGCAGCACAUGGGGUUCCCCCGUGUCUCAGCCGUUUUUCGCAAAGUCGUGGGCUCAUUUACUCUGCUGCUGUGCCUGCUGGUCUACGCCUUCUCCUACUUGAGGAUGUACCGGGACGCGCGUAACGCAGUGAUACCGUUCAACGCGGUCAACACCACGGCUCGCAAGACUGUGAUGUUCUACUGCGGCAUGCUGUUCCUGCAGCUGCUGCCGCUGCUGCUUAAAGUCGCCUCUGACGCGCUGUGGGAGGUUGAGGGGACAGUGGCUAUGACGGCACUGGCAUCUGAGGGCACCAGCAUGAUGGAGACGACUCCCUCGGCCACUGCGGUCGUGCUCCACAUGUCCCUGCUUAUGAUGCUUAUUGUACCACCCUGCAUUAACCCGCUGGUGUACGGGCUGAGGAGCGCGGAGAUGAGGCAGGCGCUGCGGAGCCUGUUCCGGUGGUGGAUGGAUAAGAGGGUGCGAGGAGUGGAGGGGAUAAGAGUCCGAGAGGUUGUGCGUCCAAACUGA